AUGGCUUUUGAGGAUGAUUACCCGACCAGAGCAAGCUUAGAAACCCAUGGACCAAUAACCAAGAUAUACACUCUAGAGUAUUCGUCAGAACUUAAAAUGGCUUCGAAGGAUAUGAUCGGGUCGCUGCCGCACCUUGCGGGAGACAUCGACCGACGAAAUCGGAGCGGGCGUCCGAUAGAGUUGAAGGCGUUGUCGAAGUCGAGUGCGUGUCUGACUACGAAGGGCCCAGGUUCGGAUUCCGUUAGCAAGGCUUCGUCAUUUUCUCGGGAUAGAAGCCAGUCGUGGUACUCCUCCGGGUUUCAAUUACAGUACACAGACAUCGUGGUUGCGGGGGCGAAGAUGGGCGACCAUGAGAAGAUGAUGGACAUGCUUAGUAAGCUCGGUACCGAAGGCUUUGCCGCCAUCAUCAGAGAGCAUGAUGGGAAGAAUAAUGGGCCACUUCACUAUGCCGCCCUCAACAACGAUGUGCUCAUGACCAAGUUGUUGAUUCAGUAUGGUGCAGACGUCAACGAUAUCGGAAAAGGUGGAAAGCGGCCUCUUCACUUCGCAGCGAUCGGAAAAGCCAGCGACAGGGCUCCUACAAUACAGAGCAAUGAGCAAGGCGACCUUCCGUCAUAUGCCAAGCAGGCCGAUUCAUCGUCUCAAAGCUCAGACGAGAAACCUGACUCUGACGAAUUCCCGCUACGACUCGCCAAAUCCAUCUUGGGAUUAAAUUUCACGAAGAAGAAAAAGAAGAGAAAAAAGUCAGAGAUUUCAUUGAAGAGCGGUGAGGACGAAGUGAAACAUCCGUUGGAAGGGAAAGCAAUAAUUGUUGCUAGAUUUUAG